CAAAGAUGUACCAUGAUUUGAAAAAGAUGUUCUGGUGGCCAGGGAUGAAAAAGGAUUUAGCUACGGUCGUGAAUAAAUGUCUGGUUUGUCAGAAGGUAAAAAUUGAACAUCAAAAACCAUCAGGGGUAUUGCAACCCCUUGGCAUCCCAGAGUAGAAAUGGGAGGACAUAUCGAUGGAUUUCGUCAUGGGACUACCUCGUACUCAAACAGGGCGUGACGCUAUAUGGGUCAUCGUGGACCAACUUACAAAGACUGCCCACUUUCUACCAGUUAAGGCGACCGACUCAUUGGAAAGACUAGCCACGCUAUAUAUCAAAGAGAUCGUGAGGUUACAUGGGGUACCAACAACCAUAGUCUCGGACAGAGACCCAAGAUUUACCUCGAGGUUUUGGAACGCACUGCAGAAGGCAUUCGGGACAAAAUUGUGCCUGAGCACAUCGUACCACCCGCAAACAGAUGGACAAACAGAGAGGACCAUCCAGACGUUGGAAGACAUGUUACGAGCUUGUGUCCUGGACAGACCAGGAAAGUAGGAGAGUCACCUACCACUGAUCGAGUUUGCUUAUAACAACAGUUACCAUGGUAGCAUCGGGAUGGCACCAUAUGAGGCACUGUACGGGCGAAGAUGCCAAUCUCCUUUAUGUUGGUACGGACCAGAAGAUAAAGGCUACUUAGGACCGGAGUUAGUAAGACAGACCACAGAAGAUAUCAAGAGGAUAAGAGAAAGAAUACGCGCCGCCCAAAGUCGACAAAAGAGUUAUGCAGAUCAACGAAGAAAACCCCUCGAAUUUCAGGAAGGCGAUCACGUAUUCCUAAAAAUUACCCCCACCACCGGGGUAGGGAGGGCUCUCAAGGUACGAAAACUAAGCCCCCGGUACCUGGGUCCAUUCCAAAUCCUCCGGCGUAUAGGAAAGUCGGCAUACCAGCUUGCCCUACCAUCAAAUCUAUCAAGACUACACAACGUGUUUCAUGUGUCCCAACUCCGAAAAUACCAGCACGAUCCAAGCCAUGUGUUGCAGCAAGAGGAUGUAACACUCAAAGACGACCUGACUUUUGAACUACCAGCCAUGGAGAUUGUAGACAGAAGCAUGAAGCAACUAAGGAGCAAGACGAUACAACUGGUAAAAGUGGCAUGGGGUAGCGGCAAUUCCAGAGACUACACAUGGGAAAAAGAGGCAGACAUGAGACAGAAGUUCCCGAAUUUGUUUACAGGUAACAAUCGUGGUGAGGAUUUCCUUUUCUCCCCAACAAUAGAAAAUUUCAGUAAGGCCCCUAAGUUAAUUAAGAUGACCCUUAUCGACCAAGUUCAGACAUGGAAUUUGGGGACAAAUUCUUUUCUUACGGGGGUGAUAAUGUAA